AUGGCACAAACAAAAUUAUUUUACUCUCCAAACUAUAUUAGACCAAUUAUCCCAUGUCAAUUGGCGCAGUACUUCAAAUUGAAUUACGAAUGUGUCGACGUUACCAACGGGGACCACACCUUCAUCUGUGAUUUCCCACAGAAACUGGCCCCCGCUUUAGAGACUCCAGACGGGUUCAAAUUGUCAGAGGCGAUUGCUAUCAACAACUACAUUAUCAAGUCUUCGAAGAACGAUGCCGAAAUCAAAAAGUUGUUGGGCACCGGCGACCACAAGUUGGAAUCACAGAUCCUGAUGUGGGAAUCCCUGGCAGUGAGUGAUUUCUUGAACAGUGAGAUUGCCUACAUUGGCCCAUACAUUGGUCUCGGGAAGUACGAUGCAGAGGCUGCACCAGAGUUGAAGAAGAAGCUCUGUGUCAUCCUCCACAUCUACGAAAAACAAUUAAGUGAAAACAGGUUCUUGUGUGGUGGUGACCACGUCACUUUGGCCGAUUUGCAAACAGCAGGCUGUUUCUUCCUUGGCUUCAACUUCUUCUUUGACGAGGCGUGGAGAACCGAGUACCGCCACAUCACGAAGUGGUACAAGGAGGUCACGGCGACGCCAUACGUCUCCGCCUUUUUCAAGGACAAGAAGUUUGUUGAUGUCACACCUCAGCCACCAAAAUAA